AAGGCUAGCAUUGCAAUUUCAAUUAGCUGCUGAGUGAAAGCUUGGCAUGCGUAUUAGUGAGCGGGGGACACAAUUAGCUUAUUCUUCCUUUCCAUAUUGUGUUGAGAGGAUCCAAAGGAUUGGUGGGGGGUUAGGCAAGCCAGGCAUCGCUGAAUAUUGAAGAAGGGAGUUGCUCAAGCCUCGGUAUCUUCACUCGCUCGCUCUGGAAUUACACAGAUUUAUUGCAAAGCACAGUGUGUGGCUUGGUGAAGGGUGCCUUGGGGAAACACUCGGAUACCACUUGGGCUGCGUCUUUUUGAGCACUUCGCUGCCCUGUCUUAUUCUCAUCAUCAGCAUGGAGCCCAACAGCCCCAAAAAGAUACAGUUUGCUGUGCCUUUAUUCCAGAGUCAGAUUGCUCCUGAGGCAGCAGAACAGAUCAGGAAAAGAAGACCUACACCAGCGUCCCUUGUGAUUCUCAAUGAGCACAAUCCUCCAGAAAUUGAUGAGAAGAGGGUGAGCAACACACAAGAAGAAUCGCAGACCGCAUCCCCUAAGCAAAGGAAGCAGAGCGUGUACACGCCGCCUGCCAUGAAAGGGGUUAAGCAUCUGAAAGGCCAGAAUGGAUCAGCGUUCCCUGAAGAAGAGGAAAAUGCAAGCGAAAGAGAAGAGAAGUGGAACCAUUAAUUACCCACCUGCAGCAAGAGGACUUCCUGA